UUUCAAAUUUGCUAGCUCUUAGAAAUAUGGCUCUGCUUAUCAUCACUACAUUGGUGUUUACAUGUUUAUGGUCAUCUGUGUCACCAGAUGAUCAAGGGAAUGCACUAUUUGCCUUAAGGAGCUCGUUACGUGCAUCUCCUGAACAGCUUAGUGAUUGGAACCAGAAUCAAGUCGAUCCUUGUACUUGGUCUCAAGUUAUUUGUGAUGACAAGAAACAUGUUACUUCUGUAACUUUGUCUUACAUGAACUUCUCCUUGGGAACCUUGUCUUCAGGAAUAGGAAUCUUGACAACUCUCAAGACUCUUACAUUGAAGGGAAAUGGAAUUACUGGUGGAAUACCAGAAUCCAUUGGAAAUUUGUCUAGCUUGACCAGCUUAGAUUUGGAGGAUAAUCAGUUAACUGGUCGCAUACCAUCCACUCUUGGUAAUCUUAAGAAUCUCCAGUUCUUGACCUUGAGUAGGAAUAACCUUAAUGGUACUAUCCCUGAUUCUCUUACUGGUCUAUCGAAACUGAUAAAUAUUCUGCUCGACUCAAAUAAUCUCAGUGGUGAGAUUCCUCAGAGUUUAUUCAAAAUUCCAAAAUACAAUUUCACAGCAAACAACUUGAGUUGUGGUGGCAGUUACCCUCAACCUUGUGUAACUGUGUCUAAUCCUUCAGGUGAUUCAAGCAGUAGAAAAACUGGAAUUAUCGCUGGAGUUGUUAGCGGAGUCGCAGUUAUUCUCCUUGGAUUCUUCUUCUUUUUCUUCUGCAAGGAUAAGCAUAAAGGAUAUAAACGCGACGUCUUUGUGGAUGUUGCAGGUGAAGUGGACAGAAGGAUUGCGUUUGGACAGUUGAGAAGAUUUGCAUGGAGAGAGCUUCAAUUGGCUACAGAUGAGUUCAGCGAAAAGAAUGUUCUCGGACAAGGAGGCUUUGGGAAAGUUUACAAAGGAUUGCUUUCGGAUGGCACAAAAGUCGCUGUGAAAAGAUUGACUGAUUUUGAACGUCCAGGAGGAGAUGAAGCUUUCCAGAGAGAAGUUGAGAUGAUAAGUGUAGCUGUUCAUAGGAAUCUGCUUCGCCUUAUCGGCUUUUGUACAACGCAAACCGAACGCCUUUUGGUGUAUCCUUUCAUGCAGAAUCUAAGUGUUGCGUAUUGCUUAAGAGAGAUUAAACCCGGCGAUCCAAUUCUGGAUUGGUUCAGGAGGAAACAGAUUGCGUUAGGCGCAGCACGAGGACUCGAAUAUCUUCAUGAACAUUGCAACCCGAAGAUCAUACACCGAGAUGUGAAAGCUGCAAAUGUGUUACUAGAUGAAGACUUUGAAGCAGUGCUUGUAACUGGACAAAGAGCAAUUGAUUUCUCGCGGUUAGAGGAAGAAGAUGAUGUCUUAUUGCUAGACCAUGUGAAGAAACUGGAAAGAGAGAAGAGAUUAGGAGACAUUGUAGAUAAGAAGCUUGGUGAGGAUUAUAUAAAGGAAGAAGUUGAAAUGAUGAUACAAGUAGCUCUGCUAUGCACACAAGCAGCACCGGAAGAACGACCAGCGAUGUCGGAAGUAGUAAGAAUGCUUGAAGGAGAAGGGCUUGCAGAGAGAUGGGAAGAAUGGCAGAAUCUUGAAGUGACGAGACAAGAAGAGUUUCAGAGGCUGCAGAGGAGAUUUGAUUGGGGUGAAGAUUCCAUUAAUAAUCAAGAUGCCAUUGAAUUAUCUGGUGGAAGAUAGAAACAGAAACUUGGAUUCAAACACACUGUAAAGUAGAAGAAGAAACAACUAGUUUUGGUUUUAAACAAGAAUGAAGUUUUGGUUUCUAA